AUGGAGCCGGCGGCACAGAACAGAUCCGAAGCGGUAGAAGGACAGCGAGACGUACCUGCCGCAAUCCGGGACGCAAAUCCAAGAGUGGGGGAAAUUUCUUAUUCCCGGCGACCUGCACCGGGGAGUGCACUACUGAGUGGCCCGACAUCAUGGUCAGCCCGUGCGGACGAGCGUGUUAGGGGUGGAGCUAGGCAGCUCAGGUUUGCUGAUCGGGUUAGGAGGCCGCCGGCACGCGAAGCACGGACGGAGACCGACUUGGCAAGUGUAGCAGAUGAAGGCGAGGAGGGUGUAGAAGAUCCACAGCAUCCAAGUCAGGUCGAACAGGCAGAGGAGCAGUUGAGGAAGGCGGCUGAUGAUAAGCGGAUGGCCGAAGCAGAAGCCAAUAGGAGACGGGCUGAAGAGAGGCAACGGCGCCGUGAUGGCGACACCGAUCCUAUCGUCUCUUUCUCGGGAACAGGAGACAUACGUCAAGCCGCGGAGCGUGGGGCACGAGCCGCUGCAAGAGCACACGCGGGAGUGGCAGGAGGAGAGGAGCUCGCCAGCAAUGUGAGGCAGCAUAUCGAGGAGGAUACGGGACACGUGAAAGUUCGCUUGCCCAGCGUAAAGCGGAAGGCGGCUGAAGAGGCCCGGAGAGGGGACGUCGACAAGCCAGAGCAAAGGUUCAUAAGAUGCAACGCGGGUGCAAAGGCUCAUAAGACGGCGGAGGUAGAGGCGGCACUUACGGCAGAGGACGGGGCGCCAAAGGAAUCAGAGGAUUUGGCGCAGCAGAAGGUGGGUGCAGAGGCGGUUAAGAGUGCGGAGGCAGUCGCGCGUAAAGAAGCUGGUGCAGCAGCAGAGCAGACGUCGGAGGCAGUCGCGCGGCAGGUGGUGGAGGCAGUGGCGCAUAAGGAAUCAGAGGCAACGGCGAGCCAGAAGGAUGAGGCAGUGGCGCAGCAGAAUGAUGAGGCAGACGCACAUAAGGAAUCAGCGGCAGCGGCGCAGCAGAAGGAUGAGGAUGCGGCGCCCAGGAUGGUUGAGGCGGUGGCGCAGAAGGAAUCAGAGGCAGCGGCGCAGCAAAAGGAUGAGGGUGCGGCGCCGAAGAUGGUUGUGGCAGGGGCGCAGAAGGGAUCAGAAGCAGCGGCGCAGCAGAAGGACGAGGGUGCGGCGCCCAGGAUGGUUGAGGCAGUGGCGCAGAAGGAAUCAGAGGCAGCGGCGCAGCAUAAGGAUGAGGGUGCGGCGCCCAGGAUGGUUGAGGCAGUGGCACAGAAGGAAUCAGAGGCAGCGGCGCAGCAGAAGGAUGAGGGUGCGGCGCUGAAGAUGGUUGAGGCAGAGGCGCAUAAGGGAUCAGAGGCAGCGGCGCAGCAGAAGGAUGAGGGUGCGGCGCCGAAAAUGGUUGAGGCAGAGGCGCAGAAGGAAUCAGAGGCAUCGGCGCAGCAGAAGGAUGAGGGUGCGGCGCCGAAGAUGGUUGAGGCAGAGGCGCAGAAGGAUUCUGAGGCAUCGGCGCAGCAGAAGGAUGAGGGUGCGGUGCCGAAGAUGGUUGUGGCAGAGGCGCAGAAGGAAUCAGAGGCAGCGGCGCUGCAGAAGGAUGAGGCAGACGCACAUAAGGAAGGAGAGGCGCGGAAUAAGGCAGAAGCAGCGGCGCGGCAGAAGGCGGAGGCAGAGGAGCAGAAACUGGCUGCGGAAGAGGCGCUACAACUGGCUCGGGCUGAAGCGCGGAAGCGUGCAGAGGCAGAGGCGCAGAAGAUCGCGGAGGCCGAGGAGCAGAAAGCAGCGGCGGCAGUGGCAGAGGCGCGAAAAAAGGAAGAGGGCGAGGCGCAGAGAGUGUCAGCUGCAGUGGGCGAGGGGCAGAGGGACGAGCAGGCAUUGUCGAAGGCAUUAGCAGAUCGAGAGACACAGACUGUAGCAGAGGCAGAGGAGCAGAAUACAGUAGAUGAGGCAGGGGUGAGAGAUGAGGCAGGUGUGUCUGGCAGCGAGGGAGAUGAGAUGGAAACAGCGGAAGGGGCGGAAACAGAGGAGAUGGAAACGGAGGAUGCGGUACAUCCAGCGGUGCGACUCUCGGGAGGGGGAAUGGCAGAGGGGAUGUUAAAGAAGUUGGAAGAGAGGUUGAAAGAGGUUCUAAGUGAAGACUACGAGCGGCGGAAGAGGGAUAGACAGCAUGAAGAGGAUCAGUGGCAGAAGGCCACUACGAAGGAAGCCGAGGCGGCAGAGAGGAGGAAGAAGGACCAACAGCAGGAGGAUGAGCGUCGGCUGAAGGAGAUGAGAGAGGGAAUGAAGGAGAUGAAGGAGGCCAUGAAGAAGGAGAUGAAGGCCGAAAUCAAGGAGAUUAGUGAUCGGAUGGUAAACCAGGUGGUGGAGAGGUUGAGCGCGGUUCUGCGAGAAGAAUCCGAGCGGCAGGAGGAGGCGAGGCAGGCGGACGCGGAGUGGCGGCAAAAGCAGGAAGCGAAGCUGAAAGAGGCAGACGACGUGGAGAGGCAGAUGAAGAAGAAGAAACAGCUGGACGAGGAUAGGCGGAAGGAGGAUGAGGAGAAGAUAAAGGAAGUAGAAUCCACAGAGCGACGGAGGAAGAAGAAACAGCUGGACGGAGAGGGGCGGCAGAAGGAGGUGCAGGACGGGUUAAAGGGGAUGAUGGAGGCUGUAAAGGAGAUGAAGUCGGGGAUGAAGGAGUUUAAGGAGGGGAUGCUAAGUGAGGUGGAAAAGAGGUUAACGAAGGUUCUGAGAGUGGACGCAGAGCGGCUGAAGAGGGAGAAACAUCAGGAGGAGGAGCAGCGGCAAAAGGAGGAGGAGCAAAGCAAGAAUGCAUUGGAGGCGGACCAGAUGCAGAGGGAGAAACUGAAACAGGUGGAGCGGCUGCAUAAGGAGGAGGCGCAGAGGCAAGAGGCAGAGGAGGCCGAUCGGCAGCAUAGUGAUAAACAGCGGGAGAAGGAGCGCCUGCAGAAGGAGGUGUCGCAGAGCAAGGAGGCAGAGGAGGCCGAGCGGCAGCAGAGGGCGAAACAGUUGGAGAAGGAGCGCCUGCAGAAGGAGGAGGCGCAGAGGAUUGAGGCAGAGGAGGCCGAGCGGCAGCAGAGGGCGAAACAGCAGGAGAAGGAUCGCCUGCAGAAGGAGCUAUAA